AUGAGUGGUGCCAGGAAAGAGUUACGGACUGACAAGACUGAGGAGACUGGCCUCAUGAAAAACAGUAAAACAAUGUCUGACCUUGACUUGACUGAGGAGACUGGCCUCUUUAAAAACAGUAAAACAAUGUAUGACAUUAGAAUGACUGAGGAGACUGGCCUCGUGAAAAACAGUAAAAGCAAUGUUGACACUGAGGAUCCUGCCCUCAGCUUACAAAAAAACAGGUCAAACAAAGAAACUUGUGCAACAAAUCUGCUGAAUGAUUUUUGUAAGACAAAUUUGCUGAAUGAACUAUGUGAAACAAAUCUGCUCAAUGAAUCUCAUGAAAAGAAUUUGCAAAACAUUACUGAACAAAAAUUGACAAACAAUGCCUCAAUCACUAAAACUGUACAACAUAAUCAUGGUGUAACGGCUGAAGAAGGCAAAGCACUUAAUCAUGCAAUCGACCAGGUAUGCAAUACAAAAUUUGUAUUUGGGUCAUUUCAUCAAGGGGAUGCAAGGUUUUCAUCACUUUCUAGAGGAAGUCAGUGUACCUGCAAUGCGCUUACUAUGCUGAUAAAAAGUUACGAAGGAUUUUCAUUCUCAACAGAAUUUAUUGAUAGCACUUUAAUAGCAGGAGAUCAGGUUUAUAUUAUGUUGGUCAAGAAUUUGCAGCAAAGACAAUUGUUUCUUAACAAACUACUUAAAUUUGAUGAGUUGCCAAGUACCUUAACUUUAGGAGAAAAUCAUCAUGUCAUUGAGAAAUUUGAAACCAUGUGGGGAAUACUUGUCUCUGAUGAACAAAGUAGUCAAGUGAAAUCAUUGCAUCAAGCUUUAGAAGAGGCUUUCCAGGUUUCUAGAUAUUUGCUGAUAAUGAUAGGAGCAAUUUGUUCUGGUAUAUACAAAGUGUCAGACAAUGAAUUUUACUUUUUUGACUCUCAUUCACAUGACAGUGCUGGCAUGUCUGCCUGUGAUGGUAAAUCAGUACUAGUACAAAGCAAGACUAUUGAUGAUUUGGUGUCAUAUUUGUACAGUAUGUAUAACAGCAUGCAUAUAGAUUUUAGAACGCAGUUUGAAAUCUUACCAAUCUCAAUUAAGACUUUGCAUCAUAGUUUUCCAGAGAAAAGCCCAUUGCAGAAAAGAUUUUACAAAAUGGAUGAUCAUCUCUCAUCUAGGACAAAAUCGGAUCAAAACCCAUGCAGAAAAGUGUAUAUGAGAGAUUACAUGAGGAGAAAAAGACAGAAUGUACAAUUUAAGCAAUUAGAAAGGAACAAAGAAACGCAUGCAAAAAAGUUACGAAGACAAAAUGAUGAUAUAAAAAGCAGAGAAACUGAAAUUGCAACAUUUGCAAGGAAAUUGAAAAGGCAGAAUGCUGAAAUAAGACAGACAGAAAAUGAAAGAGAAGCAGCUGCUAGAAAGUUAAAGCGACAAGAUACUGAAAUUAAAAAGAAAGAAAGGGAAAUGGAUAAGCUUGCAAGAAAGUCAAAGCGACAAGAUGCUGUAAUUAAAGAGAAAGAAAGGGAAAUGGAUAAGCUUGCAAGAAAGUCAAAGCGACAAGAUGCUGUAAUUAAAGAGAAAGAAAGGGAAAUGAAUACUGCAGGUAGAAAGUUAAGGCGACAAGAUGCUGAAAUUAAAGAGAAAGAAAGGAAAAUGGAUAAGUUUGCAAGAAAAGUAAAACGACAAGAUGCUGAAAUUAAAGAGAAAGAAAGGGAAAUGAAUACAGCUGGUAGAAAGUUAAAGCGACAAGAUUCUAAAGUUAAAGAGAAAGAAAGGAAAAUGGAUAAGUUUGCAAGAAAGUUAAAGCGACAAGAUGCUGAAAUCAAAGAGAAAGAAAGGGAAAUAAAUACGGCUGGUAGAAAGUUAAAGCGACAAGAUACGAAAGUUAAAGAGAAAGAAAGGGAAAUGAAUACUAAAGGUAGAAAGUUAAAACGUCAGAAUGUUGAGGUGCAAGAGAAAGAGAAAGAGGGCAGUAGAGUUUCUAAAAGAAAAUGCCGAGAAAAUCCAACUGUUCUUGAAAAGGAAAGGUUAAGAAAGCAAGCUAAACGAAGUAACAUUUCAUUCAGAGAAAAUGAGAGAUUCCUAAAUAGGGAACAGAAACAGAAGCAAAGAGCAGAUAAAGAAUAUUGUGAAAAAGUAAAUGAACUACAGAGACAGAAAAGAUUUGGAGGAGAUAUAGGAGAUUGCAUUCAAAAUUUUCAUGAGCAGAUUAGACAUGGUCCAAUUUUUGUAUGCUCAUGUUGUCAGCAAACAUGGUUCAAAGAAAGUGUUUCUAAAGUGGAAAACAUCAAACUAGAUGAUAAAUAUAAAAACAAGUUUCUUACAAGCACUGUGUCUGUUGAAAAUAUGGAAUGGAUUUGCAAUACUUGCUGUUCAUCAAUAAGAGAAAACAAAAUUCCGAAGUUGUCUGUCUUAAAUGGUAUGAUGUGGCCACUUAAGCCAAUGGAAUUAGAUUUGUUUCCUUUAGAAGAAAGGCUUGUGUCUCUGAGAAUACCUUUUAUGCAAAUAAGGGAGUUGCCAAGGGGUGGACAGUAUUCUGUAAGAGGAAAUAUUGUGAAUGUUCCUGUUGAUAUUCAACCUACUGUAAAUAGCCUGCCAAGAAAAUUAGAUGAAAAUGUCACAGUUCCUGUCAAAUUAAAGAAAAAGUUGUCAUAUCAAAAAUGUGAUUAUCACGAAAAUGUACGACCAACAAAAGUACUGAUAGCGUUGCACUGGCUUAUGAACAAUAGCGACUUUUACAAGAAUGCAAAUAUCAAUGUUGAUGACAACUGGUUUCAAGAAAUUACAACGUCAGCAAGUGAAAUUGUUCAGGAAUUAGUGAAAACACAAGAGAGAAACAACCAAAAUGCUGAUGAUCUUGAGACGGUUGAUGAUUAUGAUGAAUUCUGUGAAGUAGAUGGAGUUGGUAGAGAUGGUAAUUGUGAUACUCUUUUAGAUGAUGCUUCACGAGACAUGAAUCAGGUAUACACAUUUGCUCCAGGUGAAGGACAACGCCCGCUUAGUUUAUAUCAAGAUCAGACAGCUGAGUAUUUAUCAUUUCCAACAAUUUUUUGUGGAAAGGGAAGAUUACAAGAUGAUGAAAGACAAGUUCGUGUCUCGUAUGCAGAUAUUGCUAAAUGGGAAUUAAGGAGUGUUGAUAGACGUGCUGCCCAGUCUGUUCCAAAUUUGUUUUUCAAGUUGAAAAAAAUACAAAUGAAGCAAGUGACAGACAAAUGCAACCUGGCUCUUAGGAAAUGCAAAACCAAAGAUAAAUCCAUGACAGCAAAUGAAAUGAAAAAUCCUGAAAAUGUUAAUAAUCUUGUUAGACACGAUGAAGGCUUCUUCGUGUUCAGGCAGUUACGAAAUUCACCUGCAUAUCUUGAGACUAGAAAAAAAGAUGUAUUUGCUAUGAUCAGACAGUUAGGUCUACCAACAUGGUUUAUGUCUCUGUCAGCUGCAGAUACAAGAUGGAAUGAUCUCAUCAGAGCACUUGGUGUGUUAAAUGAUGGAAAAGAAUACACUGAUGAAGAAAUCGACAGUAUGACUUGGUUUGAAAAAUCAAAAUUAGUACAAAAGGAUCCUAUCACUUGCUCUAGGUACUUUGAUCAUAGGUUCCGUAUGUUUAUGAAUACAGUGUUGAGAAGUGAUCAUCAUCCAAUUGGGAUUGUAAAAGACUUCUUCUACAGAACUGAAUUUCAGCAAAGAGGAUCACCACAUAUUCAUAUGAUUGUUUGGAUAGAAAAUGCACCAAAAUAUCAUGAAAAUAAUGAACAGGAGAUAGUAAGUUAUGUAGAUAAUUACCUGGAAUGUGAAAAGAAUGAAGAGAAGGAUUUGACUGACUUGCAAGUGCACAAACAUUCACAGACAUGCAAAAAGAGAGGUAAAGCUGUAUGUCGAUUUGGUUUUCCCCUUCCUCCUCUUGAAGAAACUUUGAUUUUGGAGCCACUAGAGUGUGAUGUUGAUAAGUACAAGAAAAUGUAUGAUGAUAUUCAGAAACAGCUGAAUGAUAUGAAAAAUGGAUGUGAUUUGCCCUACAAGGAGCUCCUGAGCACGGUUCUAAAGAUAUCGGAGGAAGAUUACAUAAAAUGCAUUAGAAGUUCACUGAGAGGUCCAAAGGUUUUUCUAAAAAGAAAUCCAUGUGAUAUGAGGGUAAACUCAUACAACAGUGUUGUUCUUGAUGCUUGGAAAGCUAACAUAGACAUUCAAUAUAUUUUGGACCCAUAUGCCUGUGCAAUGUAUAUUGUUUCAUAUAUAAGUAAAUCACAAAGAGGGAUGAGCGAUUUACUUAACAGAGCUGCAAAAGAAGCUAGAGAAGGAAAUCUUGACAUAAAAAGACAGGUACGUCAUAUUGGAAAUCAUUUUCUCAACAGUGUAGAAGUUGGAGCACAGGAAGCAGCAUAUUUAGUAUUGCAAAUGCCAAUGACCAAAGCUUCAAGAGAUGUUGUUUUUAUAAACACAAGUCCAUCAGAUGACCGAGUAAUUCUCAUCAAAACAGAUGCUGAAUUGGAAAAGUUGACACCAAAUUCUACAGAUGUGGAAUGUAGCAAUGUUAUUAAACGGUAUGCAAAACGCCCAAAGCAGCUUGAAAACUGGUGCUUAGCUGAUUACGUAUCACAGCUAGAUGUUGUCUUCCCUAAAGAUACUGAAAAAGAGUUCACUGAAAAUGAAGUGAAUGAUGAUGAUCAGGACAAUCAGUCAGAAAAUGAAGACAAUUCAGAUCUUGAAUUUAGUGAGAGUGAUGCACUUGUUACUCUGAGAAAUGGCAUAAAAAUUAAACGACGGAAAGUACCAAGGGUAAUUAGAUAUGUCCGAUUUAAUAUCAAAACUGAUCCAGAAAAUUACUACAGAGAAAAACUCAUGUUGUUCAUGCCUUGGAGAAAUGAAUCAACUGAUCUAAUAUCAGGAAUGGACACGUUUGAGAAGUCAUUUCAUCUGAAGAAGUCAUUUCUUACACACAAGGUCAAAGAAUAUGAAUUCAAUGCUGAACAGCUUGAUGCAGCUUUGCAAAUGGCAACUGAGGAUUCUUCAGAAGCUUAUGAUGAAUUGGCACCAGAUGUUCAGCAAAGAGAGGCAGAAGAUGAAAAUGAGGGAUCUCUUGAAUCUGAAAACUUUGUUCAGUUUAAUCCUGAGAGGCCUAUUGAACAGAGACAGUAUGAUAUAGGAUCUGACCUUGGAAUUCCAUCAACAAGACAAAUAACUGAAGAAAGUUCCGUUAGAUUACCAGACGAUGAAUACUUGAAACUUUUAGGAAGUUUAAAUGUAAAGCAGCGAGAAUUUUUCAAUCAUGUCUUGCAAUGGGUCAAAACAAAGACAGAACCUAUUUAUUCAUUUUUGUCUGGAGGUGCUGGUGUUGGCAAAUCUGUUUUGAUAAGGGCACUUUAUCAAGCUCUGCACAGAUUCCUAUGUUCCACAGAAGGUGAAAAUCCAGAUGACAUAAGAAUACUUCUUUGUGCAUAUACUGGCAAGGCAGCAUACAACAUUGGAGGAAAAACUAUUGCAUCUGCUUUCCAUCAAAAAAUUAAUCAAAGUCAACAAAGUUUGCACUGUGAUGAAUUGAACACUUUUCGUACAAAGUACAAAAACCUAAAAUUGAUCAUUAUUGACGAGAUAUCAAUGGUUGGAAAUAGAUCAUUAGCACUCAUUGACAGUCGGCUACAACUUCUCACAGGCAUCAAGAAACCAUUUGGUGGUAUUAGUAUCAUAGCUGUUGGUGAUUUUUUUCAACUUAAACCUGUAAUGGACCGUUGGAUCUUUCAGGAUUUAAAUCAUGAUGCUCAAGCUCUUGCAAACAAUCUCUGGAAGGAGCAUUUUUGCAUUUUUGAGUUGGAUGAAAUAAUGCGCCAGAAGGACGAUCUUGAGUUUGCUCAACUUUUAAAUCGCCUUCGUUACAAUAUUAUGACAGAAGAAGAUAUGAAUGUGAUACACAGAUGCAUGAUAACGGAAACAAGUGACAAUUAUCCACAUCAUGCUCCUCAUCUCUUUACACAGAAUUCAAAAGUAGAUGCAUACAACAAUCACUUGAUUGAAAAACUUGAAGGAGAAAAGGUCACAGUAAAUUCAGUGGAUAGUGUUCUAAAGGAUUAUUCAAAGGAACUUAAGGAAAAGCUGCUUAGAUCUCUAUAUAAAGCAGAUGAUGUUAGCAAAACUGCUAAUUUGAUGCAAAAACUGAUUCUUGCUGUUGGGAUGAUCUAUGAUAUCUCGGUGAAUGUUGAUGUAUCUGAUGGUUUAACAAAUGGGUCAACAUGUAAGGUACAAUUAAUUGAAAGAAAAAUGGAAAGAAUAUCAAGACCAAGCAUCGUGUGGGUAAAUUUUUUUGAUGCUGCUAUUGGAAAAAUUACUCGCAAGAAAUAUAAACAUUUGUUUCAUGAAGGGAUUAAUGUGGACUGGACACCAAUUUUUGAAGUUCAGCGAUCUUUUGUAUUGAAUUACAAUACUUUUCAGAGAAUUCAAUUUCCGUUACGGCCAGCUGCAGGGAAAACAGUUCAUAAAGCGCAAGGUUGCACUGUUGAUGAAAUUGUGAUUGAUUUGUCUCAGACUAGAGUGAGGAAAAAUCCACAUAUUCACUAUGUAGCAUUAAGUCGAGUACGAUCCGUGGAUCAUCUGCACAUCCUAAACUUCAAUGAACAGGCAUUGGCUAUGGAUGAACAAGUAGUAGAGGAAAUGGAAAGAAUGAAGAAAGAUGUGCCGCUGCUACUUUGUUAUGUCCCAUUAUACCAGGUCGAUUUGCAUUCUUUUAAAAUUGCUUUCAACAACUGUAGAUCACUUCAUAAACACUUCCCACAAAUUCAAGAUGAACCAAAUAUUGUUGCAUCAGAUGUAGUUGGAUUCUCAGAGACAAGAUUAACUAGUGUUGAUGUAGCUGAAAAUUAUCAACUGCAGGGAUACACAGCAGUAUUUAACCAUGAGCCUACGUGUAAUCUGGACAGACGCCCAUAUCAUGGAACAGCACUGUAUGUGAAAAAUGUCUAUAACACAACCUGUAUCUCAAAGCUGAAUACUGGGUCUGUGGAGUUUAUCAUGGUAAAUAUGCAUUUAAACCAAAGCAGAGAUGUUCAAGUUGUAGUUAUUUACAAAUAUCCAUCUUGCUCUUUUGGGGAUUUCAAACAGCAUAUGAAUAUGCAUAUAAAGCCCUUGAUUGAUGAACAGAAAGACGUGGUAUUCUUAGGAGAUUUUAAUUUUGAUUUAUUUGCUGCACAUAGACUUUUUAACUUUUAUGGAAAAGGGCUUCAGCUGUAA